AUGUGCCCCCAGACCUGCGUAGCAUAUACAGGCCCGUACGCCCAUCUGGACCGCUGUCCGGACAAAGACUGCACCGAAAUGCGCUACGAGACGCGCGGCAACAAACGCGUCGCGCGACGGACGUUCCAGACACAUCCGUUAGGCCCUCAACUUCAGGCCCUCUACCGGUCGCGUCAGUGUGCCAAACGUAUGCACCAUCGCGAGGGACUGAUGGCGCGCCUGUUGGAAAUGGCCAAUGCCCAGAAGAUGGUCGAGGUCGCUGAGGACGUAUUCUUUGCUGAGGACUAUCUGAGACUGGUCGACGCUGGGACUUUUCUGGAAGAUGACCUGGUUUUGAUGCUCUCUCUUGACGGCGCGCAGCUCUAUGAAUCCAAACAGUCUGACUGCUGGAUAUACAUCUGGGUUCUCUUCGAUUUGGCGCCCGACGUUCGGUACAAGAAGCGGUACGUGCUUCCGGGUGCGUUCAUUCUGGGCCCUAAGAAACCCAAAAAUAUCGAUUCUUUCCUCUUCCCUGGGCUAUACCACGUUGCUGCUCUUCAGAAUAACCCUCUGAAAAUCUGGGAC